GUGCCCUACAGAUAGGUGAAUCCUCGGGCUGGUUGUCAAAAGGUCGGACUGUGGAAGCACUGUAUGUUGACAGAGAAACGAUAAACGAAACAUGUCACAGGAACGACUAAACUACACCAACUAUCUAAAGCUCUCCGACCUCCUACAGUGCCAGCAGCUGUGCAGUGAGAAGGCAGGGGCCGCCAUCCAUGAUGAACACCUAUUCAUCAUAACACAUCAAGCGUACGAGUUAUGGUUCAAGCAGAUGUUGUACGAGAUAGACUCAGUCAGAGAAAUCUUCAACACAAAGCUAAUGGAUGAGAGCAAGACCCUCCUGGUUCUCAGUCGCUUAAACAGAGUCGUUCUGAUCCUGAAGCUUUUAGUUGACCAGUUCACCAUCCUUGAGACGAUGACCCCUCUAGACUUCAUUGAAUUCAGGACACACCUAGCAACAGCAUCCGGGUUCCAGAGUCUUCAGUUCCGGUUGAUUGAGAAUAAACUGGGCGUGAAGGAAGAAUCCCGCAUCAAAUACAAUCAGCAGCACUACAUGAAGGUGUUCAACGACCCCAAGUCUAUCCGUCAACUUGAGGAUUCUCUAGAGAGCCCAUCGUUACUGCAACUGGUGGAACGCUGGUUAGAGAGAACUCCCGGUUUAGCAGAGCGAACAUUUAACUUCUGGCAAGUCUUCCAACAGGCUGUGUCCCGAUGGCUGGAAGACACAAUCGUGGGACCAGCAGAGGAAGAAGCAAACCCGGUGCAAAAGGAAAUCAUGUUGCAGGAAUACCAGAAACAAAAGGAAUCCUUCCAGUCAAUAUUUGAUGAAUCUGUCUACACGAUGUAUCUUGUUUCAGGUGAACGUCGGUUGAGCCACAAAGCCUUCCAGGGGGCGAUGUUUAUCUCCUUGUACAGAGACGAGGCUCGGUUUAACCAGCCUUAUAAACUCAUCACGUUGUUGAUGGACAUCGAUUCCCUCAUGACAAAAUGGAGAUACAAUCACGUUAUGAUGGUGCAGCGUAUGAUCGGCAGCAAAGUCGGCACUGGAGGUUCCUCGGGGUAUCAGUACUUGCGAUCCACAAUAAGCGACAGAUACAAGGUAUUCUUGGACCUGUUCAACCUUUCAACCUUCUUAGUGCCCAGAGCAUACAUUCCAAAACUGAGCAGUCGGUUGAAGCGGCGAUUGAGCGUGCUUUCAGCUGACCAAUUAAUGGACGACAUUAACGGAGACGAGAACGAGCUGACCAAUGGGGACAGAGACUCAGAGUCGGCCGAUGAAAGGACACUUGUUGACGGAGUGACCACAAUUCUCCAUCACGAUGACAACUGCAAAUGCUCGAAACUGGACCAGCCAAUCCAGUGAUCGAUAAUGUGCUCAACGACCCAUGUCGUGGGGUCAUGGUGGUGACACGCAAUCAAGUAAAACAUGAAGCCUGGC